UAGAUGAGUGUUGUGAAUGUCAGUGUUGUCCUCAUGUAGCUCCUCAUGCUGCCCUGGCAGGUCAUGUAAGGACAUACUGGCAGACAGCCGCCGGCUCGGGAAACCAAUCCCUUCACGGCCCUCUUUAAACAACCUGAAAUAACACAUGUUGUUUGUAGACAGCUCGUAGCUCAACCCACCUCAUAAACACUACAUUGUAGUAGUCAAAUAUUGCAUAUUUCUGCUAUAAAUUUACGGAUUUUUUUUUAGAGCACCGAGAGUCGCCGAGGAAUGACGUCAGCACGCAUCACAUUGAAUGAUGACGCCGUUUGAUCAUUAAAAAAAAAAAAAAAAAAAAAAAAAAAAAAAAAAAAAAUGAGCCGUUAAAGAAUCUGAGAGAAUUAGGUCAUCAAACUAGCCCGGUACCAACGGACACGUUACCACGGUAACUAGCGUGUUUCUGAUUAUAUCACUUUAACAAAGACGGAGACCUGGACAUCAAAUAACCUGCUUCAACGAGGACAGAGACAUGUCCGCUGUUUAACAUCAUCUGGAGCCGUUAGACCGGUCUGUCUGUCUGUCUGUCUGCUUCACUCCGCUGGCUGCUGGAGACCCGCAAACCUCCCCAAAAACACCCCGUUAACGCGAGCUACCGUACUCCCGGUCAGGCUGGGCUGGACGGUUAACCGGGAGGGGGGAGAGAGACACCGACAGACAAAAAGCCCCGACGGCUUCUCUCCCGGAGACCCAGGAAAUCCCUCCUCGCCUCGCCUCGCCUCGCCUCGCCAGCCUGGUAGCAGCCUGGUAGCAGCUCAGUGCACGUUCAGUAGUUCAAAAUCCAUAAUUCACGGAUUCCAGCAUGUGAGCACGACCACCCAAGACAUGUGAGCCUUGACACGCCUGUCCCAGAUCUUCUUUACCCCGAGUAGAAGCAAACACAGUUUGGUUUGACGAUGUCGAGCCGCCGGAAAUCGACUACACCUUGCAUGGUGCUACCCUCUGAUGUGGUUGAGCAGGAAGAGGUGGAGGAGAAAACAGAAAGGACAAAGGAGGAAGAGGCAGAGGAGGAGGAGGAAGAGGAGGAGGAGGGGAAGAUGAAGGAGGUAGCGGAGGACGGGCCGACUGCAGAGGAGCUGGGUCAGGCGGUAGUGGUUGUCCCCACCCCUCCAGAUACAGAUGAGCCCGGUGUCUCUACCGUAGAAGACAGCGAAGUCCUCCAUCCCUCACUAAAGCGCUGCGCCACAAACCCUCCUGAGGAUCCGAGCAGCGACCAGCCGACCCAGGAACAACCGUGUGACACGCCCGAGGAGGGAGGGGCAGACCCUGCCGCGGUGGUGGCCAUUUCCCUCAGCAAGACCCCCAUCAUGAGGAUGAAGACCAAAUCUGAACCCAAGAGGAUCGCCGUGUCCCUGAAAUCGACAGACGAGGCAGUUGAGGGUCUCGGAGGUGGUGGCGAGGGAGAGGUGGGAGGAGAUCAGGAGCCCAUUGAAGCUCCUCUGGGGCCGAUGACGCCCGUGGAGAUGCUGCUGCACGACUCCAUGAAGCUCGGGGGAGGCGGCUUGCUGGUCAGCCCGUACUCAGAGCAGCAGAGGAAAUCGGCCACUUUAAACCCCACAGUUCUGCCUGCUGGCCUGGCACAGGUGCUUUCUGCUUUCCAGGCCCAGCAGAGUGCAGCAGCAGCAGCGGCAGCAGCUCAGCCUCAGCUGCUCAUUCCCCUCAGCAGCAUCCCAUCCUACAGUGCAGCUAUGGACACCAACCCCCUGCUGGGCAGCACGUACAAGAAGUUUCCUUACCCCUCCAUGGCCGAGAUCAGCAGCCUGGCAGCACAGACGCAGUUCACAGAGGAGCAGAUCAAGGUGUGGUUCUCAGCCCAGCGGCUGAAGCACGGUGUGAGCUGGACUCCGGAGGAAGUGGAGGAGGCCAGGAGGAAACAGUUUAAUGGCACGGUGCACACUGUGCCUCAGACCAUCACUGUCAUACCUGCUCACCAGCUCUCAGCUGCUGCCAACGGCCUGCAGUCCAUUCUUCAGACCUGCCAGAUAGUGGGCCAGCCCGGCCUGGUGUUCACACAGGUCGGCCCAGGGGGGCACCUUCCAGUGACCAGUCCCAUCACUCUGACAGUGGCGGGGCUGCCCAGCCAGUCCCAGAGCUGCAGCAGAGUUUCCUGCCAGCCUACCCUGACAAACAGUGAGCUGAAACGGGCUACCACUGUCCAGCCUCCCUCUCUUUCUCCUCAGGAGAACUCGGCCCUCAGCGCUGACACGUUCAGUUUGCGACCCAAGAAGUCCAAAGAGCAGCUGGCAGAGCUGAAAGCCAGCUACCUGAAAAACCACUUUGUCACCGAUGCAGAAAUUUCCCGGCUGAUGAAGCUCACCAACCUCACAAAGGGAGAGAUCAAGAAAUGGUUCAGUGACACCAGGUACAACCAGCGCAACUCCAAGAACAGCAACGUCAUUGUUUUCCACGACGGAGGGGGCCGAGGAAAUGGCGGCUGUGGUAGCAGUGCUAGCACCACCAUUGUUAUUGACUCUAGCGACGAGACCCCCACGUCUCCCCAUCCUAGUCCACGCACUCCUCCCGUGAGGGAGAAGGAGUCACGGCCCAAAACAUGGAAUCCUUUCCCAGAUUUCACCCUGCAGAAGUUUAAGGAGAAGACUCCAGAGCAGCUGGUGGUGCUGGAGGAAAGUUUCGAGAAUGGCAGCACCCCAUCAGAUGAAGAACUGAGCCGCCUGAGGACAGAGACUAAACUGACGCGGAGGGAGAUUGAUGCCUGGUUCACUGAGAGACGAAAAAUGCCAUCUAUCAGUACUUCCUCCCCGGAUUCUUCAGAGGGAGGAAAGAUGGAGGCAGGAGGAGCCAGUUCUUCUCCGUCUGCCUCCACGUCUCGUAGAGGUAGUCAAACUCCCCCCGGCGGUCGCAGCAGCAGCAGCAUCAACAAAGACAUGAAAGAUAAGAGUAAAAAGACUCCGGAGCAGCUCCAUAUUCUGAAAAGUGCCUUUGUGCGGACCCAGUGGCCCACACCAGAGGAGUACGACCAGCUGGCAGAAGAGAGCGGCCUCCCUCGGUCCUACAUCGUCAGCUGGUUCGGGGACUCUCGGUACUCGUGGAAGAACAGCAACCUGAAAUGGUUCUUCCAGUACCAAGGUGGCAACACGGAAGGGCCAAACGGGGGAGGAAGCAAUAAAAUGGGAAGCGGCACCGGUCGGAAAAGACGCGGCCGAAAUCGUGGUUGGGGCCGGUCCCGAACCAGAAAGCAGCCGAGAAGGUCUGCCUCCUCCAGCGCAGAUGUCGAUCAAUGUCCCCCGUCAAAGAAAUUCAAGACCGGGAGGGAGAUUCUGAAGGAGUACUACAUGAAGCACCGUUUUCUCAAUGAGCAAGACCUGGAUGAGCUGGUCACCAAGACCAACAUGAGCUACGAACAGGUGAGGGAGUGGUUCGCCGAGGUCCAGCGACGCUUGGAGACGGGGGCCGAUCCCUUCCAGGAGGCGAUCGCAGGAAGGACAGACGGAGACGAAGCAGGAAAGGCAGGGGAGGAGCAGGGAGAGGCGUCUACGCCCGCCGAGGAGCAGACCGGCGCGGGGGUGGGAGACGAGGAUGACGACGAAGGAGAAGAGGAGGACGACGGCGAAGAUACGGACGACAGUGAGGUUUGGGAGCCGUCACGUAGCGUCAGGAAAUCCUUGUCAGUCUCUGAAGACUAAUGAUUGUGGAAAGCACGGUGAAACAUUACAGAAUUUUCCAGGAGAAAUAGUGGUAUGAUCGAUGCUGGAAGACCGUUAGGUAAAACAAGUCUUUUUGCCACUGAUUUAUGCUCAUUUGCAACAUUAAUUCACUGUAUUUUCAAACUAUUUCUGACAUCAACAGAUGGACUAUUAGCUUUAGCUCACUCUCUACUUAUCUCGUUGACUGUAAGUAAUGUGUCACAGUUUAGACAAGAAUCGUGGUAAAGAAGGAGUUUUUAGCAAACCCUGGCACACCUAAAUUUAAGCGGAAUUAAAAGAGGAAUACCAUAAAGUGCAAUCUUUAAGCUGAAGAUGAAAACUGUUGAGAUUACAUAGUUACCACAAAAGGAUGGUGUAUCCAGCAUAUGAUGAACACUGACUGUCGUUAAUGAGAGAUUUUAAUGUCGACGAUGCCCCUUGUUAAAUUUGCACUUCUUGCUUGCUCAGUUGAAGCCAGUAAGGGAGAUUUAUUUACACGGUCAUGCUGCAUUUCCUUGCUGAUAUGAGCACAGGCCUAAAUUCAAACUCCAAUCUCCAAUGUUAUGAAUGUUUAUCCCCUGGUCCCAAACUAACAGAGCACACAGGAAAAAAAAGACUCAUCUGUGUGUUCACAAAGGUGCUUAAAAAUGUAUCACAGCUAGAUGUCACUGCUGAGCAAAGUCCCCGAUGAAACUAGCAUACAUCUAUGUCGUGGAACUGGUUGAUUUCUACAUGUUACAAUAUCUGUUUUUUUCCUAGCACCUGUGAAGAUCAUCGCAAGGACUGGAUAUGAAUCAGCAGGUUGUUUGAGCUGAUUGAUAAUGACACUGAAAGUCAGGCAUUUUAUCUCUCAGAGAUGAAUAUGAGACACCUUACUGCUGAAUGAAUGCCAUUUUAACACAGGAUGUCUCCUCAAGUCUUCCCUUUAUAGCAGCUUGUUGUUUCAUUAGUAUUUUUAACUGAACACAUACAGAUCUGAUGCCACAGUAUGUGUUUAGUAUGCACUGCUAGUAAUGUUUUUACACAAUUUUUCACCUUUUUGAUAGAACGCAUCCUGUGCUAUAAUGACCUUUUUUUUUUUCUUUAAAAAGGGUGAUUCAGACAGUUUGAAGCUGUUGUCCCAAAGUUGAAUGUGUUUGUGUCUCCUGAGCAGUGAGCUACAGUUUACAGUUUGACGCCGAGGCACCUUGUGUGAACUGAAUAAUGGCCACUGUGAGGCAGACAUCUGGGUCCACUGAAAUAAUGAUAGAAAGAGUUGGCUGCAGUGUUCCGCUUUACUCUAGGUGGGUUUCUGAUGGGUUGAAAAAGAUUGAAUUGAUUUUAAGAUGAUGCAUUGCAGAGUUUUUCCCCAAAACCAUGUAAAUGUAAGCACCAGCUGCAGCUUCGGUGUGAAUUUAAAGUCAAUCCACAAGUUAUCCCCUUGACUGCAAUCGCCACCAAAACACCAACACAUUGCCUUUAGGUUUGGGCUCCAUCAAAAACAAGGCCUGUGAAUCAUUUUGGGUCUUUGCCCGUACUUUAAGAAAGACUGUUAAAACAGUAUUUCAAAUAAUGAUUUGACUCCAGUCUGCACUGAAGAGACAAACGUGAAGCACCUAAACUAAACUUUUAAUAAAUGCACUUUGUCCACUCGUAUACAUGGUGGACUGAACCCUGAUUUGGCACCUUAAUCUCUUAUUAUACCAUAAAAUGGCUCUGAGAGACCAAAUCGGUUUUGUAUGACUACAAACUGAACCAGUAUUUUGCCUUUUUUAUCCUCCGUGUGUUUUCACAAGGAGGAAUCAUUUUAUCCACUUUUCUAAUAAUAUGUGUUGUCAUAUUUGGAUGUUUAUAAGGCUCAAAAAACUAGCAGAACAAUCACCCACUGCUUUCUUUCGCUAAAUUGCACAAUUUGAGCCCCAUUUUUAAGCUUUUCUCCUUUUGAAAAUGUACUCUUUGUUGUUAUGUUUUGUAUUGUUGCUUUAAACCAUGGGAAUUGUCUCCCGUCUUUCCUUCUCUGCUCCCAAAUACCUUUACCCCUCUCCUCCAGUCCACUUUUGUAAAAUGAAUGCCUAGACUCAUGAUGUGCACUUCCCAAGACAUGUUUCUGUAAAUGUUAGCAUUGUCCUGUUGGUUCUCUGUCUCAUUAAAUUGUCUACAACACACCAGACAGACAGACAGACAGACAGACAGACAGACAGACCUAUAGGGACAUCUUCAAAAGACUGAAACCGUUCAGAAAAUUACAAACAGACAUUCUUGGAAAAUUCACUUUCUCUCGUGGAAGGAAUUGUUGUGAUGCGUGAAGAAACAGCACAGCAUUCCCUCUGUGGUGGGAAGUCUACCAAAUAACGCUCCUCUUUCUGACUGUUGUUCCUGGCGCUUUACCGCGUUAAGUUGACGGGACAAUAGACUGAAAACUGUCUCGACCACAGUUCUUCACAAACGGGGAGAGACUCUGAUGAAGCUUUGCAGAUAAACCUAUGUGCCUACAUGGCUCGUACGCUUGUUUGAACAGAAUUUCACCGACUCUCGACAGAAGAUGACGAGAGAGAAUUUGCGAAUGCUUUUAGAAAUCACAUACCGUUGUUGUUGGGUGAUUCUUAACUUGUUCAAACCAAGUUGUGAUGCAUGACCGAGCUCUGCUUUCUGCUGACGCUAAAAGAUGCCUAGAUACUCUGAAGUUGAAACUUCUGUUGUAAAUCCUUAAAAAUGAUACCUUGGUGUUCAGAAUUGUAUUGUAUGUUUUCACCGAGCACUUGUCACGCUACAUGUUGGCACCUUUCGCUGUCCAAAAAAAGCAUUUUAAUGAGCAACUUUGAAAGCAAAGCCCUAAACAAGCUACGACAUUAGCUAGAUUAUAGCGACCGACAGAGAGCUGGAAUCUUGUUUUGUCGUAAUGUGACAAGUGCUUGACCAUGAAAAAUAGCAAAUUCAAAAUGUUAAGGUAUACCUUUUUGUCUAAUACUGCAUGCAAUAACCAAGACGAACAACUGCUCAUUUUGUACAUACAAUAUUUUGGGUUGGUAUACUUGGCACAGUAGAAGCCUAAUCUGGGAUUAAUUCUUUGUGUAGCUUUAAUAAAUUCCACUUACUUUUCAUUACCAAGUUGACUGCAGCUAUGGACCUGUUUUCCUGUUUUCAUAGACACAUUUUAGUCCUUUACCACAAUUGCAGUCAUUGUACAGCAGCCAUUUUGUGCCCUUUUGUUGAAUCCCGGUACUUCACGUGCUAAUUUGUACACAUGCUACAAACUGGCUGUCAGCAAUUAGCUUGUUUUAGUCCACAGGUUAGGCUCAAUCCUGCCCCCCGGGUAUCCAACCCACAGUCUUUUACAGUGUGCUCUGUCUUUACUAUAGUCGGUCUGUUUUGAAUGGUUUUAUAUGUUUCUAUCUAUGAAAACUGUGUCUUUACAACUCUUUCCAGACAUCAGUGGAUUGCUUGUUAACAAGACAGACUCAUACAAUAUGUACAAUAGAAUAGUGUUUUUUGAAAUAGAAUCAGUUUUAGAGUUCAGCCGGUGUUGUUGCCCAAGUGGCUUUUUGGUACUUUGGUUGCAAAAAAUAUAGAAUCAGAACUCAGUAGAAAAGACACGCACUUAGUGGAAGGAACUGCUGAAAACGAAUGUGCUGGUAACAACUGAGAAAAUGUUUUUUGCUUGCUAAUAAUGUGUCCAAAUUUUAGGCUCUUGCACUAACCUGUUUUAUAAAGAUAAAUUAAAUGUUUUUGUGUCUAACUGACUAAUGGGGACAAACACUUUUUGAAACUGGUCCAGUAUCGAGGGAGAACGCUGCAGCUAUCAGCCGCUAAACGAGCUGCAAUGUAAUCAUUUGGGGCAACCUGGCACCGUCAGCUUACGUCCACUAAAAGUGUUCGUUUAAGUAAAGGUAGGUAAAGAAAAAGUUUCCAUAAUGUUGUCAGACACUUAUAAUAACAAUCUGAGCCUGUCGGUUGCAAAAACAAACGCCUUUAGUGGACAUAAGUCCACCCAUUAGUCAGUUAGACACAAAAACACAGGAAAAUAAGGUCCAGGUAGAAAAGAAAAUACAGAAAUGAGCCUUUAAAUGUAACAGAAAAAAAUAUUACAAAUGUUAUGAGCAGUUGCUUAAAGGGCUACUCCACGGAAUUUACUCGUGUAGUUUACUUGCCAUGAGUAGUCCUACUCAGCCUCUGAAAACACAGUCGUAUAAUGUCUUCUGUGUCUCUGGCUGGAGCUUUCUAAAGUUAAAAAAAAAUAACCCUGAUGAUGUCAUAGUGAUGUCAUUAGGGUCAUCUCAGACUUAAGAAAUAUAACAAUGAACCUGCACUAUAAAUUGCAUGUAGGAUCUUGACCCAUACUAGAGACUAAAAGUCAGGAUAUUUCAGCCUCUGCUGCUCACAUUUUGACCACUUAUCUGUCUCCCAUAAGUCCCCCAACUUUAUGUAAUGGCAGUACUGAAUCACUGGAGUAGUGCUCCUUUAAUAAUUUUAUGUCCAUUACACAGAAGGUAGAAACAUGUAUUUAAAUAGAUUUCCCAGGUUUACCGAGGUGCCGUGUCUGCUCCCUGAGUUGUGGUUUUAUAUCCCAACAGUCAUCAUGUAUCCCAGUUAACCUUGUGCAGUAGAGCUAAGAGCUAACAUUGUGAUCUGAGUAGUUUACCCUGAUGUCCUGUCGUGCACAUGUCAUAUCUGUAUCCUUCGCUAUACUUCUGCUAUAGUCCUCGCUCGUUUUCUCUAUUUAGACAGGUAGUUGGUUGAAUGUUUUCUUACAGCGGUCAGAGAUUCAAAUGUUUUCAUGAGACAGCAGCCAGCUUUUUUUUGGCAAAAAAAACAGAAAACACCUUGUCAGAAUUGUAAUAUACUGUACGUAUAAAUGUUGUUUUUUUUAGUCAUUAACAAUGAAAUUUUCACCUUCUGUUUUUUUCUGAUCUAAUUUUCAUCUGUUGACAGUUUUUACCACGAGUUAUUGCUCCUAAAGAGCGUGCUUUGGGUUGAACCGUUUUCUCUCGUUGUUCCUGCUUCAAUACAACUCAACCUGUUUUACUGAUGGAUGACAGUAAUCUCUCAGCUCCUGUAUUAAAUUACAGUUGGUCCGAUAGACACAGAUGGGACGAAUACAAUCAUCUAACUGUAUACUCUUAAGAAAUGGGUUCAAUGUUCAUUUCUGUGACAUUGUAAAAUGUCACUCCUGACUUCAACUGACAAUUAGUCCCCUUGAAAAAUAAGCUGUGAUCUCAUUGUUGAUCUUGAGAAUCCACCCUGAACUGAUACGCCUUACCCAGUACACCUGAUCAACAACUGGAGGGGAUUCUGGGAAUAUGAAACUGAUUCACUCAAGGUUGAACUUGUAUUCUGUGUCUACGGAACUGACAUCACCAUCUACACUAAGUUAUUCCCACACUGCCUGUACAUCUAAAACAAUGUGUUAAAAACUGAGAGCAUCUGUCACAAACUUUGAACAUGGUAUGUACAUGUAUGUGCGUUGGCCUCUGCAGGCUUGCUUUAGAAAGCUAACUAUUUCCUUUUCGCGGUUUUCUGCCGUCAUCAGCUUGUUGCUACCAGCUACCUGUGAGGCAGACAAUUUGUGCAAUGUUAAUUUAAAAUCCCAGCUUUUAUUGAGGCUCUCGCUUGAUUUCUUGCUUGAUUUAGAAAAGAUUUAUAUUUUAUACUUGUUUGAGGACAAAACCCAAUAAAUUUUGAUCAAAAGAGA